GUUUCAAAACUGAAAUGAACAGAAGUAAUCCAGCAGUCAGGCCAUAUUAUCUGAAACUGGUAAAAUAAUCCAUUAAUAAUGUAGGAACACUUUUAGGUAUUUGUACUCGUUUUCUACACGGACGUUAUUUACGAGAACACACUGACAGCCGAUGUGAGUUGUGAAGACGUGUACUUUCCGUACCGAUUUAGCCGUCUAGACAGUUACUUUGCAGUAUUUUUUAUUGAUAAUAUUACCCAUAGUUUGUUCACACCGUUAAGCGAUAUCUGUUUUCCUAAUGGCGACUGUAGAGGAACUGAAGCUGCGGGUGAGAGAGUUGGAAAAUGAAUUGAUAAAGUGUAAGCAGAAGCAGUGUGCCAUGGAGGAUGCUCAACACCAGGAACUCCACAGACCAAAGAUUGACAAAAUGAGUGCCGAAGUUGUGGAUUCCAACCCAUACAGUCGUCUAAUGGCUUUAAAGAGAAUGGGCAUCGUGAAUGAUUAUGAGAAAAUCCGGACAUUCACAGUCGCUGUGGUUGGUGUUGGGGGAGUUGGCAGUGUGACAGCUGAAAUGCUCACUAGAUGUGGCAUUGGUAAGUUGAUCCUCUUUGACUAUGAUAAAGUAGAGCUGGCCAAUAUGAACAGACUGUUCUUCCAGCCUCACCAGGCAGGCCUCAGUAAAGUGGAAGCCGCAGAACACACACUGAGGAAAAUCAACCCAGACGUGUCAUUUGAGAUCCACAACUACAAUAUCACCACAAUGGAAAACUUUACACAUUUCAUGGAGCGCGUCAGUUACGGAGGGCUGGACGAAGGGAAGCCGGUGGAUUUGAUCCUGAGCUGUGUGGACAACUUUGAGGCCAGAAUGGCCAUUAAUACAGCCUGUAAUGAACUAGGUCAGAUCUGGAUGGAGUCUGGUGUCAGUGAGAACGCUGUAUCAGGACACAUCCAGCUCAUCAUUCCCGGAGAGACGGCGUGCUUCGCUUGCGCUCCUCCUCUGGUGGUGGCCGCAAACAUCGAUGAGAAGACCCUAAAGAGGGAGGGCGUGUGUGCGGCCAGUUUACCAACAACAAUGGGUGUGGUCGCAGGCAUCCUGGUGCAAAAUGUCCUCAAGUAUCUGUUGAAGUUUGGGACUGUCAGUUAUUAUCUGGGUUACAACGCCAUGCAGGACUUCUUCCCCACCAUGAUCAUGAGAGCCAACCCGCAGUGUAAUGAUCGCUACUGCAGGAUACAACAGGAAGAGUACAAGAAGAAGGAAGCCGAGCGGCCAAAGGUUGAAGUUGUACAGGAAGAGGAGGAGGAGGUCGUACACGAGGACAAUGAUUGGGGUAUUGAACUAGUAUCAGAGAUCACUGAUACGGAGUUAGAGGCUGCAUCCGGUACUGUGCCUGACCUCCCAGAAGGCAUUACUGUGGCUUACACCAUUCCAGCUGAGCAGAACACAGCAGGCGGGGAGACAGUGGGGGAGACGGAACAGAGCCUCGAAGACUUGAUGGCUCAGAUGAGAAAGUUGUAGGCGACAUUUUGAAGAUACAUUUCUGUUAUUCAGAAAAGACGUGUCUUUUUCUCACGCGUCUAUAGCUCUGCUUUCUUUGAUAACAAGCAUCCUCAUGAAAAAAGCCAAUUAAUGUCAUAUAAACAAUUACAGAAUGAACUAUUCUAACAGCUUAAGAACAGAAAUGCAUGAAAAGUGCUUCUAAUGACAUUUCACACACACAUGUGUAAUUUGCUGACAUAAGGGGACAUAAGGGGUUUAGCACUGGGAGUUAGUCUUUACUAAACCAAGGAUAAUAUCACUGUACAUUAACAUGUGUCACAAUGAUCAGUGAAUGAGUGUCCCUCCCUGUAACGUGCGUGUCAUUCACUCAGCUUUAAGCAAACAUCAGCUGCAACAUGUUUAAGUUGUCUCAAUAAAAUAUUUAUUAGAUGGAAUACAA